UCACAAUACACCACUCCAAAAAGCUUAUUCGUCUGCAAUCAGUAACUACAAAACUUCCCUUUCUUCUUCUGGUAAGAUUCCACCUAGCCUGAUCUAAACGCAUCGUUUUCAGCACCCUCGCGCCGUCGCCGAGCUUCAUAGUCAAUGCUCCGAUACAGGCCUCUCCGCUCAGCCGGUAUCUUCAAUUGAAGUAUGAGCAUCUCAUGGAGCUCCCCUCAUCAUCCUGAGCUCCUCGGCUGUCGGAAUCCUGCUCUCUCAUACUCUCUCCCCUGCUGUUGAGGUUGUUCGACAUGUAUCAUGCUAAUAAUGUCGCUAGCACUAGCUUGGGGCCACACAAAGCUCAAGGCCCUCAACUAGCAAGUUUCGAGGCUUUGGCUGGAUCUGCAGCGAAAAACACGUCUUCUGCGAGUGGGAAUGGGAAGCAACGGUUGCGCUGGACCUCGGAUCUUCAUGACCGCUUCGUAGAUGCGAUUACUCAGCUCGGCGGACCUGACAGGGCAACGCCUAAGGGGGUUCUUAGAGUGAUGGGUGUCCCUGAUCUUACGAUAUAUCAUGUGAAAAGCCACUUACAGAAGUACCGUUUAGCAAACUAUCUGCCUGACUUUCCACUAGAUGGUGCAAGUGAUGACAAGAAAACUUCCAAGGACAGUUCCUCAGGCAGUGACUCUUUUUCGGGAUUGCAAAUUAAUGAGGCAUUGCGGUUGCAGAUGGAGGUUCAGAAGCGACUUCACGAACAGCUCGAGGUUCAACGGCAGUUACAGAUGAGAAUAGAAGCUCAGGGCACGUACUUGCAGAAGAUCAUCGAGGAACAGCAGAAACUCGGUGGGGCCCUUGAAACAUCAGAGAAAUCAUCAUCGGCCCAGACGGGGCAAAAGCAAAAGCCAGAUUCAACUGCUGAAGCCUCUGUUGGCCCCUCAACUCAGAAGAAGAAACAGAAACUGGAGGAUCUGCCAAGAGUAACUGAAUGCUCUACCCAUUCUUCUGAUUUGGCCAAGAACUAAUUUGGGAGAGUGCUUCUGUUCAUCUAUAGGAUCUUCUUGUGGUCCCAACUUGGCCUCCUCGGCGUUCAGCAGGUCUUGGGUAUAUGUAAUAUGUACUCGUCUAGAUUCAAAAGAAACACUUCAGUCAUGGUUUGUACAUAUACAGGGCAAGAUAUUCAUUUGUAUAUAUAGCGAGGUAUCUGUGUAUCCUUCCUGCCAAUGUUCAUGUACAUUGUUGCUGGCCUCCCAUUGGUGCAAUGAACUCGUAAAAGUCUUGUGCAGAAAAUGAAAGUUCUUAUUAUCCUAA